GUCCACGACGUCGUUCCGUGUUCCAUUCCUUUUACCCCAGACAUCCUCGCGUGGUCGACAGUGUCCAGUCCAUUCUCGCGGCGCGGCCAUCAUGGGAGGAUCGUCGCCGCCGUUUCUUUAUGAUCCUCCCUGGCGGUAUACCUAUGAUGAGCCAACCGGUAAAGUGUUCAAUCCCAAGGCAGUGACGCAAGCGAGCUGGACUCCGCGUCAAUCGCCGCCGAAGAGGGAGGCGCCGCUGGUGAAUUUCUAUAAACAUCCGGAUUCCUAUGCCCAGUUCCCAUAUGGCAAGACCAAUGUGAAGUCCAUGAGCCCCAAGACGAAGAACCGAAUUGUCCAUGGCCGGUACGUUCUACUGUUUCUGCGAGUAUGUGCCCUCCUCGGUGCUCUGGGGGCGCUCGUCUGCGUGAUAUGCAUCAAGGGCAUGGAGAUCUCGGCAGCAUGGAUUACCAGAGUGGCACCUGCUGUAGCGAUCCUCCACUCCGUAUAUGGAGUAUAUCAUCUGAGUCGAGCUGCAACUGGACGGACACCUGCAUCAUCGGCGAGUUACAUGUUUUUUGCCUCGUCUGUUGACGCAGGGUUGAUCCCCUUUUACAUAUUUACAGCCUUCCUUGCUCACGGCCAGUACACCGAGGAUUUUUACCAUUGGGACACUUUAUUCCAGAGCCCGGGAGCCACGUAUCAAGUCGCCAAUGCCACCUUCCUGGUUACAGUCGUGGACAGUGGUAUUCACGCAGUGUGCUUUACGCUGUCCAUCUUUCUAGCCGUCCUCUUCCGAGAGAUCACGAAGCUACCACCGGAUAUGAACCCACUUGAAGAUAAUCUGACAGCCCGUUCUCAUAAGCGCAAUAAAUCCGAGAUUGCUGAAAAACACCUCAGCCAGAGUACCAUCGACUUGAGCACAAACCGAAUGUCUGCAGCAGAAGACCCAUUGAUUGCCCCUCCACGUCAAGUCCCCUUUAUGCACACUCGGGGCGACUCGUCCAGCAGAAUUUCAGACUGUGCACCCGACUUCAAUGAAGAGAGAACCGUGACCACCUCAGAUCAAUCGCAGCGCCUCUCACGCGCCGACCUCCCCAGUGAACAGAUGCGCCUCUACAAGCAGGCGAACAGAUCAAGCACAUCCCUAGCCCGGUCUGUUGCGCGCAAGACCCGCGAGUCGCCUUCCCGACCAACAUCGUCAUCAAUGCAUGAAGCGCCUGUGAUAGAACCCUCAGCAGCAGUCCACGAGGAUACCAGGAAAUGGAGCCCCUCGUCAUCUCUCCUCAAGGAUAACUGGUUCGUCUAUCCAUCUUCAUCGCCGCCCCCUGCCGAAGACCAAGAAAACGAGAAUAUGGCACGCCGUGAGACCUCGUCUGUCUAUAGCCGAGCCCCUAGCACUGCUACAACAGCCUACAGCGGCAUGAAAGACUGGCUCUCUUCAGCACAGAGGUACAGUCAGGAGUAUUCCAAUAUAAUCGCGGAAGAUCCCCACGGAGAAUAUACUUCCCUGAACAACCACGAACAGUACGGCAAUGAAGAUGCAUAUGACCUGCCAAGCGUGACGAUCUAUAACGAUGCCGAACAAGAUCUGGGUGAACGUAAACUCAGUAUCAGCACCUUUGAUGAUGACGCAGCUUCUCGACUAAACCCUCUGGGCAUGAAUCCGCCAACUCCUCAACCACCGCCACAUGCAGAUGGCUUACGCCGUAUUGUCCUCACUGACAUUCCGAAUCCUUCUGUGCGCAACGGAGAUCCUGAACCACCGAUCAAGAGCCCCGACAGUGAAAACCGGUUCUAUGGAAAUCUCGGACCAGGUUUCUCCACGGAGCGCAAGGUCAGUGAUAUCGACCAGGCCUCUCGCAGCCAGAGCAAGAAGAAGUUCGGCAGCAAGAAGCUCUCUCGACGCCAGAGCAGAAAGUCAGUUGCAUAUGAGUCGGUAAAGGCCGAUGAGGAUGACAGCGACGGUCCCGAGAAGUUGACCAUGAACAAACGCGGAUCGAAGAACGAUGAGUCUGACCGCAAGGGCCGUGUUAUCAGUAACUCUGGCAUCGACAUUGGUGCUGGCUUCCAACUGGGGUCUGGCUCUCCGUCGUCAUAUGGAAACUACAUUGCCGGCCUCGGAGUCGGCAGAAGACGAGAUGUCAGCGGGAAGAUCGCAGAGGAAGGCAGAGGUGGUGCUAGCCACAGCGACUUCGAAAAGACUCCUGAAAAACCCGCAAAUGGUCUUCCAGGCGGCGUUCGCGCCGCUGGAUGGGCGCGUUUUGCUGGUCUGUAGGGUGAUCUCUUGGCUUUAUUCUCCUCUCUUUGUUUGUACGAUUUGGGGGAUCUAGUGUCUGGAGAAUCUUCAACGAUCUUUUUGACGAUGAAAAAGAAAAAUGAUGGAAUGAUGGAACGUUUUUUUUAUCAGCUAUGUGUGAUGUUAGUUUACGUUAGGUAGUUCAUGGCUUAUGUAUCUUCUUCUCUGCAAUGUGAAUAG